UCAGAUUGAAUCAGAUUUUAGAAAUGUAGACAAUUUAGUUGUCGAAGGAGACAGCAAAUCUAUGGCUGGAAGAUAUUCGGUUGAUUUACACAGCAGUCAGGAAAGUAAAGCAGUAAACCAGCAGACAAGCAUUCCAACUGCAAAUUUCCAAUCGGCAGGAAUAAAUGCAACACAAGUGACAUCGAUAUUGUCUGGCAGUGUUGAUGCUCCUUCUACUGAGAAUACAACUACUCUACCUCAACACAUUCAAGAAAGGGUUUCCAAGAAUUUGAGAGACCGAAAGUCUCGUCAAAAGGCUAAGAAAGAAAUCAUGCUUACUGUGUUGGACUAUGCUGGUCAGAAUGUGUUCUAUGUCACACAUCAUUUGAUUAUGUCAAAAGCUAGUUUUAUGUACAUCGUGUUUAAUGCUUCUCUACCAAUGGACGGCAAGACUCCAUGUCAGUUUCGCUCAGAAGAUGGAAAGAUUAUCCACAUUUCUUUGUUUGAUAACGAAACAAACUUUGAUCGAUUGGAAGAGUGGGUAUCGGGUGUUCAUAUCAUGGAAGGUGAUCAGUCACGUCGUAUCAUGAUAUUUGAGAAAGUAGGAAUCAGAUCACCUGCCAUGUUUCUAGUAGGAACGCAUGUUGAUGAGCUAAAGGAGCAACCAGGGAUGAUGGAGAAACAGGAUGCAUUCAUAAGGAAGAAACUGGAGGGCACAGUGCUGGCAGAGCAUAUCAUAUGGGCAUCUAAAGAUGUAAUGUGUUUCUAUGUGGAUAACACAGUGACAGAUCCAGACAGUGGAGUCGUAGAUCCACAGGUGAAAUUGCUUCGUCAGAAGACAGAGGAUGUGGCUCACAAGGUGGCCCAACAUCACAGAUUGCCCAUCAGAUGGCUCAAGUAUGAGCAGAAGGUACGAGAAGUGAAAGUCUCCUCUCCAACAAAGAAGACGACAACUGUUGAUGAAUUACUGCAGCUUGCCAUGAAUGCUGCUGGAAUCAAAAGUCGAGAGGAGCUGUUGGUGUUGCUGCAGUAUUUGAGUAGUCGUGCAGUGUUGAUGUAUCAUCCCAUGGCAUUGAAGAGUGGAGAUGAUGAAGAAGUCGUGUUAGAUGUGGAAUGGUUUGUAUCACAGCUGCAGAAAGUGAUCACGAUAUACAUGGAAGAUGAUGUUCCUCCCAUGUUAUGGAAUGAUGUAAAGCGCAGCAAAGAGAAAGGCAUCAUGACAAUGUCUCUUGUGAGACAUCUUUUAUCAGAUGCCGGUUCUGCUCAACGUCUCAUUGUGUCACUGAUGAGGCACUAUGAUUUGCUCUGUGAGUAUUCUGUUUUGGAAGAGGAGAAUCUGAAGACAGCAAAUUACCAAGAUUUCCUUAAUUUUAAAGUAGAAAGCAAAGGUCCAUUGCAUAGUGAGGAAGAACAGAAUGUGUUAGAGAGUGACGCUUGCUUCAUUCCUUGCCUUUUGGAGCAUGCAGCUGGUCUUGAAUCAUGCAAGAUGAAUGACGAGCUGAAGUCAUUGCCUCUCAUCUUGUCAUCUGCUCCCAUUCGCAUUCCUCAGCCAUUAUUCUACAGAGUACUGACUCUUCUGUGUAAACGUUUUCGUCGCUUGGCAGUUAUUUAUCGCAAUGUGGGCUACUUCCACAUCUAUCCUGGUCAUCGACUGGAGUUUGCUCUCAACAGAUACAACUUUCAAAUGACUGUGUUGGCACAUACAGCACUCAAUGCCAAGGUGUGCGUUGCUGUUCGUGAGUGGAUUGUGGAUGUUGUCAACAAGGCGAAACAGCAAGGAAUGGCAGGUCUGAAGUUGCAUCUGGGAUUUAUGUAUGAAGCAUCGAUUUCAGAAUCACAAAAUUGUACAGUUGAGUUUAUCUCUUUGGAUGGAUAUCAACAUACUCGUUUUGAGCUCUACAGCAGUGUGACAAAAGAUGAAAUUCAACCUCCUGACAGACUUUCUCUUUGGUAUCCACAACUUGAGUUUUCAGACACUGAAAUGAUGUCAACAGUAUGUGGCACUUCUCAGCCAUUACAGCAUAAAUCUAUCAGCUAUAUGACACCAGUCAAGUCCCUUAUUGAACCAACUGCAACCUGUAUGUUGGCAGUGUCUAAACUUUUAGAUGAAGAUGAUGAUCUAGGCGAUGACUGGAGGAGGUUAUGGUCUGAGCUGUUAAACAGACCUCUUAAUGAAGACGUGGUGAGCAAGAAGUGUGUGAGCCCCACUCUUUAUGUGCUAAAGCGAUGGUGCAGGAUGGUAAUUCCUAAUGGAGCUACACUAGGACGACUGAUAAAGGCUCUUAGUGCAAUAUACAGAAAUGAUGUUGCUUGUGUGCUAGAAGAAUACUGCCAGAGCUCAGACACACGUACUACAAUGUUGAGAUCACCUGCAGCCACAGUUUGUAAUGCUGACAAGGUAAAACCAGAAGAGUUGAGUCGUCUAGCUAUAAGCAUAAAAGCACAUUGGAAAGACGUUGCAUUAACUCUAGCUCCAGACCUUUUUACUACAGGAGAAAUCAGAGCAAUAGCAUUUCAGAAUUUUGAAUCUCUAUUGGUUCAAGCUAAAACCAUGUUGGAGAUCUGGAGAAACAGACGUGGUCUCAACGCUCAUCGUCAUUCACUAAUCAAAGCAUUACUUGACUUGGGACUGAGACUUCAGGCAAAUGAAGUGUUUGGAGAUGAAACUGUGAACCAGGUAGCACCACAGCAGUGAAAGGUGCAGAAGCAAGUGGGAGAGCUGACCGUUGAAUGUAUAUAGGAAUUUAGCAAGAACAUGUGCAUACACAUUGAAGUGACAACAUUGGAUCUGCUGCUUAGAGCUCUACGUAUGAUGGACGUAAGUCUUGAUCAGUAGAAUGAGCAACAAGAUUCAAGGCAGUAAUGAAUCUAACAAGAUGAACACAACUGUUCAAUAUAUUGAUCUUGUGAAGUAUCUGUACAUACAGUAUGUGGCAACUUAUGCUAGAGGACAUCACGAGGCUGCUAGUCGCAGUAACCUAAUGUACUGGUGUGAAUAGAACGACCACAAUUAUUGUUUGAGUAGCACA